CGCUACGUGGUGAUAGUGUUUCGUGGUCCAUGAACAAGAGCAGAGGUUCCUUUUUCGAUCUGCAAGAAAUUGCUGCUUACGUUUUGAUUUAAUUUUGUCCCCUAGAAGGAAUAGGAUGAAAAGAUUUCUUCAAGCAAAUUCGAACAAGUUUGAGCCUGUUUGGUAUUUUUGUUAGGUCACUUUAAUAUCCGAGGGGAAAUCUGUCGAUACUUUGUGAUAGAUGAAGUUGUCGAGAGUUUCUGCCUCGAGUUCUGCAUCGAUCUUUUGGAUGCUACGACUAGGGGCACGUUCACGCGGAAAGCGUUCUUGUAGCAGACGAUAAACAUAACCCUUUUAUGUCUAAUGUUUAACUGUUAUCGGAGGCACGAAUGUAUUGAUAUAAACGUUAUCUGUCAUAGUAUGCAUAAUGGCGAAUGACAGAGAGGUGCUUAGAGAAAUUUGGGACGGGAAAAUUCCUGUCUGUUUCACGCUCGAUUCCGAGGAGAUUUGUGAAUUGCAAGGUCCCGACCCGUUUUAUCUUAUGGUACCUAGGUUAAGUUACUUUCCUCUAUGCACAGACAAGGUACGGAAGCAUUUUAUACGACACAUACAAAGCGAUAAUAAACAGGAGCUUGAAAUGUGGUUAGAAUUCAAUGGCAUCCCCUUGAAAUGGCACUAUCCUGUGGGAGUGCUGUUGGACAUUUAUUCCAAUGACAUUCAACUUCCAUGGAAUAUAGUUGUCCACUUUGAAAAAUUCCCAACGGACGUUCUGAUGCACUGUCAAAAUAAAGAGGUAGUGGAGUCUUACUUUCUCUCUUGCGUAAAGGAAGCGGAUGUACUGAAACAUAGGAGUCAAGUUAUGUCUACGAUGCAAAAGAAGGAUCACAAUCAGCUGUGGUCUGGCUUAUCCAACGAUAAAUUCGAUCAGUUUUGGUCUGUAAAUAGGAAACUUAUGGAAGCUACAAACAGCGAGGAGAGUUUCAAAUAUAUACCUUUCCGCUGUUACACCAGCGAAGACAAAUACGUACAGAAGCUGGUGAAGCCCGUGAACGAAGAAGGCCAGAGGAAAACCUUGAGGCAUCUACUAACCGAAGUUUUUCCAGACCAGGAGAACGUGACUCUAUUGACGCAUGGUAUUAUUCCAUCUCUGGAAACACCGCUUCAGUGGAUGUCAGAACACUUGAGCUACCCUGACAAUUUUCUACAUUUCGUUGUUACGUCAUAAUCCAUACCAAAUUCGCAACUAACCAACGGAUUAAUUGUGAAAAAUUCUCUGAAACGGGAGAUCGACGCUGCUUCUCCACGUGGAAAUCGCCUGGCGCUCCAAACGAGACCCACACGUCGCUCUUUCUUUUUUUUAUUCUGUACACUUUGUUGCGUAUUUUGUUUUACACGAAACCAUGAAUCGCGCGCGGAUGGUUGUUCCAACAAACAAAAACUUCCCAUCCGCUUUAUCGCUAUUUCAAUUCUAUAUACUUAUAGAGCUCUUGGCUAGAAUUAAAUUGCUUGGAUCGUGCUACGUUCAAAUUCGGCGAGUACAAAUACUUUAUCGGAUCUAACUAGUACGGAUACCAGGGUAAAAUAAGAGCUCUAAUGUAUAUAGCACUAGUAAAAAAAAUAUUCGAUCAAAUAAACUGAGCAUCUCUCGGUAGAACUAUUUAUAUAUACAUAUAUAUCUUGAGAAAUAUUUUUAUCAAUAACAAAGCCAAACGCGUAGCGAUAAAAAUAUUCGAAUCAGAGUUUUUCCAGGCACUUGAGAGAAUUGGGAACGUUUUUAAACACCGCUUCGAGGAAAGGUUUUAUCCCUCAAUCGUUGAGGAAACGAUUUUCGUGCAGCAAUGACAUUAAUAAUAUUGAUGGAAUAUUUUCUAGCAGGGAUGGCAUUCCCGAUAAAACACCGGACAACGGUGCGACACUUUAAUUUAAGCCUGACCCGAACCGGAAGUCGAUGGCCGACGGGCCACGAUCGUCGCUGAUCGAGAAAAUUGUACUACGACUAGCGAGAAUGCGCCCGGAGGGGGAAUAUAUUGUAUAAAUAUAGUUGUAUAAUUAUUUAAGCGCACGUCUAUGUAUAUAAAUAUAACCGAUCAAGACUGUAAUCGAUUAUUGAGAGAGAGCUAGAAUCGGUCGUCCAUACGAAAUAAUCAGAGAGAUGCCGAAGAACGGCGACACACGA